CUCAGCUGAACCUUUCAAUCAGAGUCAUGUUCAAGAAACACUUUUUCAGGUUCCAGGAAGGUUAAAGAAAGUACUCAUGCAUGAGGUUUGGACUAAGCAACAAAUUUGAAGCAGAAUUUCCUUCAUCUUUAACUGGAAAGGUUGCACCUGAAGAAUUUAAAGCCAGCAUCAGUAGAGUUAACAGUUGUCUUAAGAAGAACCUUCCAGUUAAUGUACGAUGGCUACUAUGUGGAUGCCUUUGCUGCUGCUGCACUUUAGGUUGUAGUAUGUGGCCAGUUAUCUGCCUCAGUAAAAGAACACGAAGAUCGAUUGAGAAGUUAUUAGAAUGGGAAAACAAUAGGUUAUACCACAAGCUGUGCUUGCAUUGGAGACUAAGCAAAAGGAAAUGUGAAACGAAUAACAUGAUGGAAUAUGUCAUCCUUAUAGAAUUUUUACCAAAGACACCGAUUUUUCGACCAGAUUAGCAUUUGAUUUAUUUAUAGAGACUUAUUCAAGUAUGUUGUCUUUCCAAUGGUGCCUUGCUUGGUGCUCUCCUGGUGGUGACAUAGCAUUGGUUCUACAGAAUCUUGUGGUGUUUUCAUUCUUUUUUGUUUGGUUUUUUGUUUUGUUUUGCUGUUUGUAUUU